AUGUCCGAAAAUUUCACAAGACCAACCAGAUCCCUCGCCGGCCGCGUAGCAAUCGUCACGGGAGCCGGGACAGCAGGCGACGGCAUAGGCAAUGGACGAGCAGCGGCAAUUCUUCUCGCUGAAGCGGGAUGCAGUGUAGUCUGCGUAGAUGUCCAAGAGGAAUUGGCUGCGAGGACAGUGGAGAUGAUUGCUAAAGAUGGGUUUGGGAAGGGGAUUUCGUUGAAAGGGAAUGUUGCAGUUGAGGAGGAUUGUAGGAAGGUUGUGGAGGGUACUAUUGGGGAGUUUGGGAGGGUUGAUAUAUUGGUUAAUACGGUUGGUAUUGGUGGUGCAACGGGGACUGCUGUUGAAGUGGAUAUGGUUCAAUGGACCAAAUCUAUGGAAGUGAAUGUUUCGUCCAUGGUUAUGAUGGCCAAGUAUGCUAUUCCAGAAAUGGUAAAGAAUGAAGGACAGUGGAGAGGCAGUAUCGUGAAUAUGGCUUCCGUAGCUGGAAUCCGAGGUGGCAAUCCUCAUCUGCUCUAUCCAACAAGUAAAGGCGCGAUCGUAAAUAUGACCCGUGCAAUGGCCGUACAUCAUGCUCCAGAAGGAAUCAGAGUAAAUUGCGUUUGUCCAGGCAUGGUGUACACACCACAUAUGUAUUCCGGUGGCAUGAGCGAAGAAGCCCGAGAGUCGCGGAAGAACAGGAGUGUGCUCAAGACAGAAGGUACUGCUUGGGAUGUCGGUGCCGCCAUAAGAUUUUUGGCUGGCGAUGAGGCACGCUGGAUGACUGGUGUUAUCCUCCCUGUCGAUGCCGGUGCUACUGUUGCAGCUGGUUCGGAGGUUUCAAAAGAAGCAGCCACACACCCAAAGACAUGA